ACACUUCUGAAUGAACCUGACGCCGAACCGUUCGAACCACAGAGCUCUCUCUUCACGAGUUCAGGAAAGCAGGUUAAUGGUGACAUGACAUACCACUUCCAAGAUGGAGACACUAUAACACCAGCAUCUUUCCUGAAUGAGCUUAAAGCACAAAGCACACCUAUAUCUGGUUCAGCCGUGGUUCAGACCACGAUGGUCUUCAAUUCCUCCUCUCCUGUUCCCAGUGAGAGUUUGGUCCUCAGUGUAAUCCAGACUCUUCUGAGUGCUCGACUCACAAACCUCACUGACUCUGUAAAAGUGCUGAACUUCACCUAUGAGAAAAUUUCAGACACCUGCUAUGGGGUAAAAUUCACAUUCCAGAUAAGUAACAUCAACAUGUCACAGAAACCUGAAUUAGUGAAUGAUACCUACAACCAAGUGGAGAGCAUCAUCAACAAUGUUUUAAACACACUCCUAAAUGAACCUGACGCCGAACCGUUCGAACCACAGAGCUCUCUCUUCACGAGUUCAGGAAACCAGGUUAAUGGUGACAUGACAUACCACUUCCAAGAUGGAGACACUAUAACACCAGCAUCUUUCCUGAAUGAGCUUAAAGCACAAAGCACACCUAUAUCUGGUUCAGCCGUGGUUCAGACCACGAUGGUCUUCAAUUCCUCCUCUCCUGUUCCCAGUGAGAGUUUGGUCCUCAGUGUAAUCCAGACUCUUCUGAGUGCUCGACUCACAAACCUCACUGACUCUGUAAAAGUGCUGAACUUCACCUAUGAGAAAAUUUCAGACACCUGCUAUGGGGUAAAAUUCACAUUCCAGAUAAGUAACAUCAACAUGUCACAGAAACCUGAAUUAGUGAAUGAUACCUACAACCAAGUGGAGAGCAACAUCAACAAUGUUGUGAGUGUACAUCACUAUGUGCUUAAUGAUAUUCUCACAAAUAUCCAGAGAUGACGUUGGAUCCAGUUGCUCAGAUGAAUAAAAA